GGGCCCCGCCCCGCGCCGGUGCUGCCGCUGUCCGCGCCGGGCCCGCAGCUCGCCGCCCUUCAGCCCUCAGCAUGUUUCCCCGGCCGCCGCCCCGCUCCUGCGACACCUUCGUGGCGCUGCCGCCCGCCGCGCCCGGGGGCCGCGUGGUGUUCGGGAAGAACUCGGACCGGCCAGCGGAUGAGGUGCAGGAGGUCGUGCACUUCCCGGCCGCCGCGCACCCGCCCGGCGCCGCGCUGGAGUGCACCUACAUCAGCGUCGAGCAGGUGGAGAGGACCCACGCCGUGGUUCUGAGCCGCCCCUCCUGGCUCUGGGGGGCCGAGAUGGGCGCCAACGAGCACGGCGUGUGCAUCGGCAACGAGGCGGUGUGGGGCAGGGAGGAGAUCGGCGAUGGGGAAGCUCUCCUCGGCAUGGACCUCGUAAGGCUUGGACUUGAGAGAGCAGACACAGCUGAAAAGGCUCUUUGUGUCAUAGUUGAUUUGCUGGAAAAAUAUGGACAGGGAGGAAACUGUAUGGAGAGCCACAUGGCAUUUACAUACCACAACAGUUUUCUGAUAGCCGACAGAAAGGAAGCGUGGGUGCUGGAGACAUCAGGAAAAUACUGGGCAGCAGAAAAAGUAGAAGGAGGUGUACGGAAUAUUUCCAACCAGCUCUCUAUCACAACCAAGAUUGACAGAGAACACCCAGAAUUGAAGGAAUAUGCCAAAAGCAAUGGCUGGUGGGAUGGGGAAAAGGAAUUUGAUUUUGCUGCCACGUAUUCUUAUGUCAAUACUGCCAGAAUGACCACAUCUGGAGGCCGAUAUUGUGAAGGCUAUAAACUUCUGAACAAACACAAAGACUCUAUCACUUCUGAAAUAAUGAUGGAAAUUCUUCGUGACAAAGAGAGUGGCAUUAACAUGGAAGGUGGAUUUAUGACAACUGGCAGCAUGGUGUCUGUACUGCCUCAGCAGCCUAAUCUGCCCUGUAUUCACUUCUUUACUGGAACUCCAGAUCCUGCCAGGUCUGUAUUCAAGCCUUUCAUUUUUGUGCCUGGUAUUACUCAGUUAUUAAAAACUACAUCCCCUACAUUUGGUCAUGAUGAUCCAGUUAAGAAGAAACCACGUUUUCAGAGUAAGCCAGACCGAAGACAUGAGCUCUAUAAAAAACAUGAAAGUGCUGCUGUAGUUAUGGAAACUAUCAAGGACAAAGGUAAAGAAAUGCUCAAAGAGAUACAGGAGUUGGAGAAACAGAAGAUAAAUCAAAUGGAAUCAAUCCUGCAAAAUGGAUGUCUUGAUGUUAACCAAGUGGUUAAUCUUUUUUCACAGUGCGUGGAAGAAGAACUCAAAAUAUAUAGCUAAGAAUAUUUUUUUAAUGUGGUAAAAUUUGUAUUAUAAUUGGGUUUCUAAUGAAUAGGCUAUACAGAUUAACAUCCUGUUUUCAGUAUACCACAUAGCAUGGACAGUUUUAAAGAUGCGGAUUCAUAUUCAGGGCAAAUGGCUUUUAUUUGAAGAAGCAAUGCUGAAAAGACUCCUAAGAGCCAGGCAGGGGCUUUGUACAUGGCACAAAGCUGUCAGCAGAGAUAAACUCUGCCAACAAACAGAUGCAAUUAGAAUGCAAUAGCUUGACUAGAUUGGAGAAAAAACUCCAUCUCUGAAUGAAGAAUGCUAACACAGAUUUGGAGAACUCAGUUCUCCCACAAACACGUGUAGCUUUUGUAGUCAAGAGAAUUGUAGCAGAAUUUCAGACUACCUGAAUUAAAAUGGCCAUGCUGAAGACUUUCUAAAAUGUAGAAGCUAUGAUGAACACUGAAGAAAAAGGAAAGUGAUAAACAAAUCAAGUAAGAUUGAUACUCAAUUGUUUGGUAAAACUAUUCUAAGAUACAUUUCAUAUAUGAACCUUCUACUCCUUCAAUGUUAAACAAGGGUAAGAGUUCAAGGUAUAUUAAAAACAAAUCAUACUUGUAAUUUUGCUGUUAGUGAUUGUGAAAUCUUAUUACAUGGAAUUCAACAAUGCAAGCAUCCUGUAAGUUACCCACAGAUUUCAUUUCCCUAUUUUCUCCACCCUGAUAGUGAAAAAUAAACUUAUUUAUGUACAAGA